GUGACUGGUUUGUGGCUGGUGGGCUGCUACCCAUGCCUAGGGACUUCUGCCUAGCCCCUCCAAAGCUCCACAGUCUCCUUCCUCUCACCUUAAUCUGUGCAUCCUCAGCUGUUCUGUUAACAGCAGCAGUGCUCUGGUGCAGCCAGGGCCAAGCCAAGCACGCUGCACUUAUGUCAUGUGGUCUCCUGAGAGCUGCCUGUGCUCUCACAGUAUGCGUUCUGCCCCACUGCCCUGCUGCAAGGGCUGGGCUGAUAGACACCUCCUGUGGCCCAGCCUUUGCCUCUCAUCCCACACACCAAAAAGGGGGUUCAGAGAGAAGGAAGUCUGCCCCAUGCUUUGGCUGAAGCAGUCACAUUUCUGUGCUGCCAGCAGCCCAAGCCCCAGAGCCCUGUGCUGGGCCCAUGGAGAGACCAGUGAAGGAUGGCAUCCUCUAUGUACAGCACCGCAAAUUAGGAAAGCGGACCUGGAGGAAGAUCCGAGUGCAGCUGUUUGCUGCCAGCCCCUUUGGUGUGUCCCGCAUGGAGCAGUUUGAUGUGCGGGAUGGCGGCACACUGCCUGACACCUCCCUGCAGCGCUGCGCCCGCCGUGUCAUCCGCCUGUCCGACUGUGUCUCCGUUGGCCCCAUGGGCACUGAGAGCUGCCCCAAAGCCACCUCUGCCUUCUACCUCACCACCACGGAGAAGAACUACGUGCUGGCAGCUGAGCAGCGGGAGGAGUGGAUCGAGCAGCUCUGCCUGUUGGCCUUUCAGGGCAAAGAAGCAGCACAGAGCAGCAGCACCGGGCUGCAGCCCAUCCCUAUGGAGGAGAACUGCCUCUACUCCUCGUGGCAGGACUUGAUGGAGUUCCCGGUGCUGGUGCUGAGGACGGAGGCAGCCGCUCGCUGUGAGCUGCAGGGGCAGUACGUGCUGGCAGCCCAGCCCCACGGCCUGGCGCUGAAGGAUGCGCAGUCGCAGCAGCCCCUGCUCACCUGGCCCUACUCGUUCCUCCGCAAAUUCGGCCAAGAUCAGAACAUCUUCUCCUUCGAGGCCGGACGCCGCAGUGAUUCGGGUGAGGGCACCUUCACCUUCAGCACCCCACGAGCCCCCGAGCUGUGCCGGGCCGUGGCCGCCGCCAUCUCCUGCCAGCAGCAGGACCAGGAGAACCAGCUGUCCGUGCCAGGCCUCAGCAACCAGCCCGCGGGGGCAGAGGCUGAAGCCCCCCAGCACAGCGCAGUGCUGGGGCAGGCACAGCCGGGCUCACACUCGUAUCCAUCACCGAACCCUCUCAGCUUCCCCAGCGUGGAGGCUGCCGGCCCCAUCGUGUACGCGUCCAUCGCGCGGGGCCAACAGCCGCACUCGGUGCCGUGCCCCGGGCAGCCGCUCCCCGAGCAUCUCUAUGAGAACAUCUCGGCCCAGCCUCGGCCUGCGGCCAACGAGGGCGAUGCGGAGGGAGGGCGCUGGGCGCUGGGCUCCCGCCAGGCCCCCGAGGGUCACAGCAGCGAGUCCGCCGUGCCAUACCCGGCCAGACAGCGCUGGGGGCCGGGAGGGAGCGGGGUUGGAGCGGAGGAGCGGCCCAAAGCUCAGCGCACCCUGCGGGCCAAGCUGGGCCGGCUGCUGAGCCGGGAGCGGGAAUAAAGGCCGAGCUCCGCCCGGCACCGCGCCCGGCCGCCAGGGGGCGCCACCACAGCUCCGCCAUUGGUGUGACCGAGCGGCGGCCCCGCCCCGCCCGCUGCUCUAUAA